AUUGAUGCGCUGGCCGGGUCGCUGAUAGCGCUCCAUUCCGGUGUGAAUGCAGGCACAGCAUAAUAGCGCCUACAGAGCUCAACCCAAUAAUUCUCUCUCUCUCUCUCUCUCUCUCUCUCUCUCUCUUCCUCUCUCCUGUAGUCAGCGCGGAGCAGACUGUGAUUGUAGUGGAGUGCGUUACUCCAGAACUAAGAAUGAAGGACGAAGAGGCGCCGGCGGUGACAACCACGGCGGUGGCGGCGGCGGCAAUAAAGAAGGAGAGCUCUGAGGGGGGGAGUCUGCUGGGGAGGGGCGGCGGGUACAAGUUCUGGGCCUUGGCUGCUAUUCUUCUGCUUGCUUUCUGGACUAUGUUCACCGGCUCCGUCACUCUCAAAUGGUCUGCCGGCGACCUUUCUCGGACUUCCGGCGACAUCGACUCUCCCGUCCGCGACGAUCUCGACAUCCUGGAAAUGGAGGAGCGAGAGAAGGUGGUGAGGAGGAUGUGGGAUGUUUACACCCACAGCAGCAGCAUCCGAUUGCCGAGGUUCUGGCAGCAAGCUUUCGAAGCUGCCUACGAGAACCUGGUCAGCGACGUCGCCGCCGUCCGAGACGCCGCCAUCACCGAGAUCGCGAAGAUCUCUGUGUGGACAAUUGAUAUUGAUCCGCCGCCGGCCCAACAAUCCACGAGAGGGAGUAGCAUGAAAAUGCAGAAGAGCUCCAAGGCAGCAGAGGAAAGCAAGGAGGGUUUAGCUUCAGUUGUUGGGGCAAGUCAAUAACAGUAAGAUUUUGGUGAAUGCUGAAGCCAUGAAGCUCUAGCAUUUUGCUUGUUUUCUUUUACUUCUUAUUCCAGUGAUUUGCUGCCAAUGAGAAGAGUAUACAGAGACUUACUUCAUCUAGAAUGCUAAAGUUGCAAUUUUAUGCUCUAUAACGGUGUGUAAAUAUGAGCCAACCUAUAGGCAGAACAAACCCUGUAAAAUAAGUUGUUGAUGAAGAUAUUUUAUGAUUAUAUAUUUUGGUUGUCUGUA